AUUUGUGACAGUUACUGUAGGAUUAGAUGCUGCAUCACCAGCACCACCAGCAGACCUGCAGCUUCACUUCAAUGGAUGCAUCCUAACCUGAAAGCCUCUGUUUGAUUUAACAGCUUCCUUACAUAGGCUUACAUACCUUCAGAUUCAUUCUUUUUUUUAACAAUAUCACAAAAGUUGCUGCUGUUUUCCCCCCUUUUAGUUUAAACCUGACAGUAAAACAAUGACAGAAGGGAACAAUAUCCAGGAAGAUGCAACGGGCAAGGAUGCGGUGCCUGCCGGCGUGCCAGCAGAGGAGAAGCGCUCAGAGGAGGCGGAGGAGGUGAAGAAGGAGAACGGGGACAGCAAAGUGAGCGUCCCGGAGCAAAUCGCGGUGGCUCCCGGAGCGGAGGAGCCCGAGUUUGUGCAUCCGGAGGGCGGCUGGGGUUGGGUUGUCAUGCUGGCUGCCAUGUGGUGUAACGGCUCGGUGUUCGGGAUCCAGAACGCCUUCGGUAUACUCUUCCUCUCCCUCCUCCGGGAGUUCGGUAGCGAGCAAGAUGAUGACCUCCGCUUCAAGACAGCGUGGGUGGGCUCCCUCUCCAUGGGGAUGAUCUUUUUCUGCUCUCCCAUCGUCAGCAUCUUCACAGACAUCCUCGGCUGCAGGGUCACCGCUGUUGGAGGCGCCGCUGUUGGCCUGGUUGGCCUCCUGGCCAGCUCUUUUGUCACGUCCCUGGGCCCCAUGUACUUCACCUAUGGCAUUGUGUUCGCCUGUGGCUGCUCUUUCGCCUACCAGCCCAGCCUGGUCAUCUUGGGUCACUACUUCAAGAAGCGCCUGGGCCUGGUGAAUGGCAUCGUUACAGCUGGCAGCAGCAUCUUCACCAUCACCCUUCCCUUCGUGCUGUCAGGUCUGCUGGAGAAAGCAGGCCUCCAGAACACCAUGCGCGUCCUCUGCAUCCUCAUGUUUGUGCUGAUGCUGGCCGGCUUCACCUACAAGCCCCUGAUGCCAGUCAAACCCAGUAGUAACGGCCCAGGCAAGUGUCCACCCAUGAAGGAGAUCUUCAACCUCAACAUCUGGAAGUCUUUGGGAUAUCGCAUAUGGGCCUUCGGUAUCCCAGCAGCCCUUUAUGGCUACUUUGUGCCUUAUGUUCACCUGAUGAAGCAUGUGGAGGAGCGUUUCGGACAAGAUGCCAAUAAAGAGGUCCUCCUCAUGUGUAUUGGCGUCACAUCUGGGGUGGGCCGUCUUAUCUUUGGCAGGGUGGCAGACUACGUUCAAGGAGUCAACAAAGUCUACCUGCAGGUUACUUCCUUCGUUGUCAUCGGUUUGAUGUCCAUGAUGAUCCCUCUGUGCCACGUCUUUGGGGGGCUGAUCGCUGUGUGCCUGCUGAUGGGACUGUUUGACGGGUGCUUCAUCUGCAUCAUGGCCCCCAUCGCCUUCGAGCUGGUCGGGUCCAAAGAUGUGUCCCAGGCCAUCGGUUUCCUGUUAGGUCUUAUGUCGGUGCCCAUGACUGUUGGACCUCCAAUUGCAGGCUUCCUGAGGGACAGACUGGGCGACUACAACGUGUCCUUCUACCUGGCAGGUAUCCCCCCGAUUGUGGGAGGGGCCGUGCUGUGUCUGAUACCCUGGGUGGAGGCCAGACGCAAGAGGAGGGAGAAAGAGGAAGCCCUCAGCAAGGAGCAGGACGUGACCCAGAAGAUGAUAGACCAAGAGAAGGCUCAGGGAGACGCGCCGAGCAAAAUCGGAGAGUCCGUCCUCUAAGAAGCCCCCACCCCCACCCACUCCCCCACCCCCACCCCUGAACAAACUGACACACGGGGGUUCAGACUGAGACUGCUGAGCAGCAGCGUGGAGAUACAGUAUGUGUGUGUGUGAAUAACAAGAUUGUAAUGACUGCCUUCAGUAGGAGAAUGGAGAAUGAAAAAAAGAAAAAGAAAAAGCCAAAGCGAUGAAACAUAUCAGAUGCAGUGACAGGCUGAAGUACAGUUUGACAUGAAUGUGAUCCUGAAGAACUAUGCAUUAGAUUGUUGAAAAAUUUAUGCUGAACUAAUCUUACAGCACAGCAGGCAAACUUGAAGUUUUAAAAAUGAAAAGGGGGGGGGGACUGCACAUUUCAUAUUUGUCACAAGGGAAAGAAGACAAUGCUGUACUUAAUCUGGAUGCAAUGUGAAAGCUGCACAUCCACUGUCUUUAGCCAAUGUCACUUCCAACGAUGGACAAACAUUAUUAUUUUACAAUCAGCUUUCAACACUAACGUAUAUAGUUUUAUUUUUUUAGAUGUAGACAAAGAGCACAUAUUAGAUCAUAUAGGAAAUGAAAGCAGUCACGUGCAGGAACAUAACCUCAUUUAGCCUCCAUCAACAUCUUUGUUUUGCGUCACUGCAAAGCAAACUGUUCUGCUAAUGGUCUCUAUGGAAACCUGCCAUCUUUUAUUGUCGUCCCCAGUCUGCUCUCAGACAGGAUUCUUCUGUUAAAAUAGUCUUUAAAAAAAAAUACAGGGGAAAUCUGUUGCUAGUGUUUUAAAGGGACGUAUAGUGAGGAUCACUUCAGAGGUCAUUAGAAGUGCUUAUGAACCUCUGAGAUGGUCUGAGCUAGAAAAAGGUGCUCAGACUCUACAAGGGAUACAGCUUUAAGCACAUUGCUGUCAUCAACUCAAGACCAGCAGCUUUGUCUCCGAGGACACGUCCAGGAAAACUGACCUUUUUUUGUUUUUACAGCGAACUGUGCUCGAGUCUGGAUUACCAAGCAGGCAUCUGCUCUGAGGACCCAGCUCCACCAUGCCACUAUUAGCUUGUGGUAAUUAAUUGCAUAUUUGUUUGGUAAAAUCAAUAAGACGCACAAUAUAAAGUGAAAGUAUAGGGACCUUUAAAAGAGACCUGCAUUAUUACAUAAUCAUCCCCAUCCUGUCAUGGAGAGGGGACCUCAGGUACAUUUCUACAUUCAAGGUCUUUAUUGUUUCAGUUUAUAUUAUUCCGAACUAAGACUGUGCUUAAAGUAAUCACCACAAACUGAUGAUUAAUUAUUACUAAUAGACAGAGUGGGAGAGAUGAUCAGCAGAGGUUUAAACCAGCCCUGACUGUCCUGACUGAUUCAUGCUUUCAAGCGGCACAAACAGUGUGCCUGAGAAGCCUCGUCAGUGUUUCAUAUUAAUACCACUAAAGGAAUAGUUUAACAUUUUGGGAGAAAAAAAGCUCAGUCACUUUCUUCAGAGAGUCAAAUAAGGAGACACUCUCACAUCUGUCCGUUAAAUAUGAGGCUAAAGCUAACAGCUGGUUAGAAACAUCUGAAUGUAACUAAAUUGGACUCUUAGAACCUGUAAAACCUUGUGUACUUCCCAAAAUGUUAAACUUUCUCUUUAACAGCAUCACUUAGCCAGUACCCAUUUUGAAUUCUGAAUUUAGAUAUUGAUUGAUAAGGAACAUAUAAACACUGUGUUUGUGUACAUUAGUAACUGACUGUAGUAUUGUCAUUAAGCAGUAUUUCUUUUAGCAGCAAACAGUAGUGAGGUUUUUUUUUUUAUUUGUUCUUUUGUCUCUGUGUGUUGGUCCAACAUUUCUGGAAUCUGCUUUCAUUGUGCGACAUGACUUUACUGUGUGGGGCUGACUCUGGUUAAAGUGGAAUAAUCUGAGUCACCUCCUCACAUAUAAAUAUAAAGUUUGCCCAGUAACUGACGAGGUCCAUGUCAUAAAACAACAGUCACUAUGUCAACUACAGAUCAUCUGCUUGAAUGGAUGAUCUCUUGAAAAGGACCAAAUAUAUAGGAAACACUGGUGCACAUGUACUAAUACAGGCUGACAUAUUUACCUACAGUAUCUUAUCAUUUGAGACUAAGUCUCCUCUUUAUGAAAUGAAACUGAGGACAUGAGUUUGACUAAUCUUUGACUGUGUGGCCGUAGGUCAACUUAAGUCAAGUUAAUCAUUAACUCUGUGCCCAGUUUAUUAACCCUCAGUAGAAAGAUGUUUGUUUAACGUUUUCAUAUUGUAUUUAUUGUUUUGUUUUGUGCAGAAUGUCAUGCUGUAAUUCAUUCAAUGGGCAUUUGCCUAAAGUCUUGAUUUCAUUCACUGAAGACCAAUGCUGAAAUGAAGUGUGUUCAUCCUGUCUGCUUGCUGUCAUGUGCCUCCCUUAAGCCUACAGGUAGUGUAGGUGAACCAUCUGAGCAUGUUAGGAAGUCACUCACCGGUCCGUCACUGUUGACAGAGACAGACUGACAGCUGCUGCUUUGGCAGUGAAAAGAUUUGAGCUGUACAGCCUCUGUGACUACACGCAGACGUCUUUCUCUCAAACAUUGAACUGCUGUGGGUCAAUGAUUUUUCUCCUCUGCAGACCUGUGACACACUCUACCUCAGAUGUUGUGAAAAAGUAGAGCUCUGCCCUGUCAUGUCUGUUCCUACAUCAGAGGCAGUGUUCAUGUUUGAGCGGUGUGUCUGCACCACAAAAUGCAAAUAAACUGCAGAGUCUUAGAAAAUGAUCUAGCUUGUCCAAACCUUUGCUCUUUUUGCUCAGAACCAGAAAUGCCUUUUUCUACGCAACAAGUGUGAGAAAGCCUUUGCAGCGUUUACAGCCUUUAACGUCUUUAAAUAUAUAUAUUUUUAUUAUAAAAUCAGUUGCCUUUCAAUUUAAGCCUAGCCUUUCAAAGAGUGACUGCUUAUAACCAACUUGAGUUAUUUUAGACUGGUUUUUGCUACCAUCACACUGCUAAUUCACCAAUGAGAGCCUCAAGUAACUUCUUGUUCAAGAAGUUACUUAAUUUGUACCUCUGAAUUUGAUGUGUAAAUCUGCCAUACACACAUUUAAAUGUUUUAUUAUGCUUAAUCAUUAUUUUCACUCGCUAGUAGAGUCUAGUUUUUGCUUCAUAUCUGCUUCUUUAAAUAAUCUGUGCCAUCCAAAGAGACAUUUUUGAAAAGUACAAAAAUUGCGUUUUUACAAUGUAUUCUUAUCUAUUAAUGACUUUUAGACCAAUUUUUUAGACAAACUGCCUUAUAUAAAAUUAACUUGACUUUACAUACAAAGUGUUCUCUGUUUUAAUUGUGUCUCCAGACACUUCUUGUGGUACAAGAGCGUUCCUGUUCCAUGUCUGGAGGCUUUUUGGAUGUUAAUAAGCAUGUUAUAACUUUUAAUUUUGAAUCUCUCAUCACAUUUACCACUGAUUAUAUGAAGAAUAUCUGUAUAUAUGUUUGCACUUAGUGUUAGCUGCAAAUACAGAUAGAUCUUAUGUAAAACUACACCUUUGCUACUUUUUUGUCUUAGUUUUCCAUCUCCCUGAUGCUCAGUUUGAAUUUGUUUCAUUUGCUCUGUGUUGCAUUUGAUUGAUGAUUCUUAUUUCAUGAGUCACCAUAAGUGUUUUCUACUUUAAAUAUUAGUUUGCUAUCUUUCCUAUCUGCUGCAGAAUGUGCAGUAAACUACAGUAUAUGCAAUGUAACGCUAUGUAAACAAUCAGAUUUCAACUUUUUCGAGACAGUAAAAAAAAAAGAUGUUUAAAUUUUAA